AUGGUGAACACCCGGAAGAGCUCUCUACGCCUUCUCGGGUCCAAGUCGCCUGGGCCUGGGCCUGGGCCUGGGGCCGGAGCAGAUCCUGGGGCAAUCGGCGGCAGUAGCCAUUUCAUCUCGUCGCGGACCCGCUCCUCCAAGACCCGCGCUGCCAGCUGCCCUGCCACCAAGGCCGGAGGGAGCGGCGGCGGCGCCCCGGACGAGGCCCGGAAAGCCGAAGUUGAUGGUAGUUUAAGUGAUAGCCACGUAUCUCCACCAGCUAAACGCACUUUGAAACAACCUGAUUCUGUUAGCAAAGACAAAUCAAAAUCACGAAGUACUGGUCAGCGAGACGAAUGGAACAUAUCAACUGGACAGGCCAGGUUAACUUCUCAGCCCGGUGCUACAUUACCAAACGGACAUAGUAGCUUAUCCCUUCGAAGCCAUCCCCUUCGUGGAGAAAAAAAGGGUGAUGGAGACCUUUCUUGUAUAAAUGGUGACAUGGAAGUCAGAAAAAGUUGCCGUUCCAGAAAAAACAGAUUUGAAAGUGUGAAUCAGAGUUUGUUAUUUGAUCAACUAGUAAAUAGUACUGCUGAAGCUGUACUACAGGAAAUGGACAACAUUAAUAUCAGACGGAAUCGUCGAUCUGGAGAAGUAGAACGACUUCGUAUGUGGACGGACACAGAAUUUGAAAAUAUGGAUAUGUAUUCAAGAGUGAAGAGGAGAAGAAAAUCACUGAGAAGAAAUAGCUAUGGGAUACAGAAUCAUCACGAAGUUUCUACUGAAGGUGAAGAAGAAGAAUCUCAGGAGGAAGAUGGAGAUAUAGAAGUUGAAGAGGCAGAAGAAGAAAACGAUAGACCUUAUAAUUUGAGACAAAGGAAAACAGUGGACCGGUACCAAGCACCUCCCAUAGUACCAGCUCAUCAAAAAAAGAGGGAAAACACACUGUUUGAUAUUCACAGAUCUCCAGCAAGAAGAAGCCAUAUUAGGAGAAAGAAGCAUGCCAUUCAUAGUAGUGACACGACUUCUUCUGAUGAAGAGCGCUUUGAAAGAAGAAAAUCUAAGAGCAUGACAAGAGCAAGAAAUAGGUGUUUACCCAUGAACUUUAGAGCUGAAGACCUAGCUAGUGGCAUUCUACGAGAACGAGUGAAAGUGGGCACAAGUUUAGCUGAUGUGGAUCCAAUGAACAUUGAUAAAUCAGUGCGGUUUGAUAGCAUAGGUGGAUUGAGCCAUCAUAUCCAUGCACUUAAAGAAAUGGUAGUAUUUCCACUAUUAUACCCAGAAAUUUUUGAAAAGUUUAAAAUCCAGCCUCCAAGGGGCUGUUUAUUUUAUGGCCCUCCUGGCACAGGUAAAACCUUGGUGGCCAGAGCAUUAGCGAAUGAAUGUAGUCAAGGAGACAAAAAAGUGGCUUUUUUUAUGCGAAAAGGAGCAGACUGUUUGAGCAAGUGGGUUGGUGAAUCUGAAAGACAACUUAGACUUCUUUUUGAUCAGGCAUAUUUGAUGAGACCUUCUAUAAUAUUUUUUGAUGAAAUAGAUGGAUUAGCUCCGGUUCGCUCUAGCAGACAAGAUCAAAUUCACAGUUCUAUAGUAUCAACUCUCCUUGCCCUUAUGGAUGGAUUAGAUAAUAGGGGCGAAAUUGUUGUUAUUGGUGCUACAAACAGACUUGAUUCUAUAGACCCUGCACUCAGGAGACCUGGUCGUUUUGACAGAGAAUUCCUUUUUAACCUGCCUGAUCAAAAGGCAAGAAAACACAUUUUACAGAUUCAUACCAGGGACUGGAACCCGAAAUUAUCAGAUACCUUUUUAGGCGAAUUGGCUGAAAAGUGUGUUGGCUACUGUGGCGCUGAUAUCAAGGCCUUGUGCACCGAAGCUGCCCUGAUUGCCCUGAGGAGACGUUACCCCCAGAUUUAUGCUAGCAGUCAUAAGCUGCAGCUGGAUGUUUCUUCAAUAGUGCUCAAUGCACAAGAUUUUUAUCAUGCAAUGCAAAAUAUUGUGCCUGCUUCCCAGCGUGCUGUGAUGUCUUCGGGACAUGCACUGUCCCCUAUCAUAAGGCCACUCCUAGAAAGAAGCUUCAACAGCAUCCUAGCAGUCUUGCAAAGAGUGUUUCCUCAUGCUGAGAUCAGUCAGAGUGACAGGAAAGACGAUACAGAAGCUCUGCUUUUAGAUGAUAGUGAAGAUGAGAAUGCUCUAUCGAUUUUUGAGAGCAGUUGUCCCUCAGGGUCACCAAAGAGACAGCCAUCAACUGGUGCCGCGCAGAAGCCCUACCUUCAUUUCUCUACGUCACCGUACCACCAGCCAACCUCUUACAGGCCAAGAUUAUUGCUGUCUGGAGAACGAGGCUCAGGUCAAACUUCUCACCUUGCUCCAGCACUUUUGCACACUCUAGAAAAAUUCUCUGUACACAGACUAGAUCUCCCAGCACUUUAUUCAGUUAGUGCCAAAACACCUGAAGAAUCUUGUGCACAGAUUUUUCGUGAAGCUCGAAGAACAGUACCUAGUAUUGUUUACAUGCCUCACAUUGGUGAUUGGUGGGAAGCUGUCAGUGAAACUGUGAGAGCAACUUUUUUGACCUUAUUACAGGAUAUACCAUCAUUUUCACCGAUAUUUUUGUUGUCUACCUCUGAAACAAUGUACAGUGAACUACCUGAAGAGAUUAAGUAUAUCUUUAGAAUACAGUAUGAAGAGGUCUUGUAUAUUCAAAGGCCAAUUGAAGAAGACAGAAGAAAAUUUUUCCAAGAAUUGAUUCUCAAUCAGGCAUCAAUGGCUCCCCCACGAAGGAAACACACCGCCCUUUGUGCUAUGGAAGUGCUCCCUCUUGCACUACCUUCUCCACCUCGCCAGUUAUCAGAAUCGGAAAAAAGUAGGAUGGAGGAUCAAGAGGAAAAUACUUUAAGAGAAUUGCGGUUGUUUCUCAGGGAUGUAACCAAGAGGCUGGCCACAGAUAAACGCUUUAACAUCUUCAGCAAACCGGUGGAUAUUGAAGAGGUUUCAGAUUAUCUUGAGGUAAUCAAGGAGCCAAUGGAUUUAUCAACCAUAAUAACAAAAAUUGAUAAACAUAAUUACCUGACAGCUAAGGAUUUCCUGAAGGAUAUUGACCUCAUCUGCAGCAAUGCUUUAGAGUACAAUCCAGAUAAGGACCCAGGAGACAAGAUAAUUAGGCACAGGGCUUGUACUCUGAAGGACACUGCACAUGCUAUCAUUGCAGCGGAAUUAGAUCCUGAAUUUAAUAAACUCUGUGAAGAAAUUAAGGAAGCAAGAAUAAAAAGAGGCUUAUCGGUAACAGCAGAACAAAUAAAUCCUCAUGGUAGCGGAGCUCGGAAGACAGAAACUAGAGCUGAGGAGGCAUUUCGGCACAAACAGAGAACUCUCAUGGACGCCGGGCACCACUCUGCAAGUCAACGUGCCUUUCGGGUUCGGAGAAAAUCAAGGAGGCGGUCACAGUGGGGUAAAGGAAUUAUUAAGAAAAGAAAAGUCAACAGUUUGAAAAAAGAUGAAGAGGAUACCAAAUUUGCAGAUUAUGAGAACCAUGCAGAAGACAGGAAAUUGCUAGAGAAUGGUGGAGAGUUUGAGGUAAGCACUGACUGCCAUGAGGAAAAUGGAGAAGAGACUGGAGACUUAUCCAUGACCAAUGAUGAGUCGUCAUGUGACAUCAUGGACAUGGACCAGGGACAGAGGCUCAACAACGGAGCAGGCACGAAAGAGAACUUUGCCUCCACGGAAGAGAGUUCAAACGAAUCCCUGCUCGUGCACAGCAGCGGUUCUCUAAACCCAGAACAGCCCUCUAGGAAAGAGCCUUUCCCUAAAGGAAGCUGUCUGAACGGUGAGGCCUCCACGGACAGUUUGGAUGGGCUUCCUGUUCUGGAGUGUCAGAAUGGUAAAGCUGAAGGCGUUUCUUCCUGUGAUAGUGGAGAGAAAUGUAGCUCCGAACAAAAGACCCCACUGGAGGACCAUUCAAAAGAAAAACCAGACACUUCCCACGAAAAUCCCGGAGACGAUCCUGAGAAACUAGAGGCACUGGAAUGUAGCGAUUCCAGGAAGUUAGAGCCGGGCUCUGCUGUGGAGGCCAAGGAUGCAGAAAUGGAUAAAGAAGGUGCUUCUAAAGUAAAGAAAUAUCGUAAGUUAAUUUUAGAACAGGCAAAACCAACAAGCCUGGAACUGGUUCCAGAAGAGCCUUCUGAGCCUGUGCCCCCUCUUAUAGUUGAUCGCGAGAGGUUGAAGAGCUUGCUUGAUUUAUUGGUAGAUAAAAGCAGCCAUCUGACAGUUGACCAGCUGGAGCGAUUGUAUUCUCUUCUUAGCCAGUGCAUCUACCGUCAUCGGAAAGACUAUGACAAAUCACAACUUGUAGAGGUGAUGGAAAGAACAGUUCACACGUUUGAGACAUUCCUAUGAACUUCUCAAGACGAGUGGUUAACCCUCUCCAUUCUGCUCCUGACCGAGCAGUCUUCUGAGCCAUUCAAGCCCCAAUCGCACCAAUGGUGUGCAGAGCCUUGGUCUGCAGUGUGCUCGCUCACUCGUUCUUUCUCUCUGUUGAAUUUGGUGCUAUCGUCUCAGGUACCUGAAACCAACCAGCCUACAAGAACCAAACAGAACUUCAGAACUAUGUUGUAUUUUCCACAAACAAAAAAUACAACCCCACAGCUUGGAGAUUUUGGUGCUACAGAAAUUGCUUUCGAGUCUGCUCCUCUCCUUGUGCGCCCUCCUCUGGAGACGUCCGUCUGAGGGUGCAGAGCAGCAAACAAGGAACCGGACGGGGCAGUUCUAACUGUGGAAUCGUUGAAACAGUGGGCGACCUGUUUGUUUUUCGUUUCUCUUCCUCUUCUUUCUUUCUACCCCUUUUGUCAUAUUUGUUUUCUUGCUCUCUGGGUAAUGGACUGAAACCUGUUUUAGAGUUGGCUAUGGUAUAUUCUGGUGGGAAACUGAAGUAACUGGAUGAAAUUAGACUAGGCUCUUUAGAACUGCCUUCAAUGUGCCUUUUUAUACAUUUGAGAAAGAUAAGGCUAAACAGAUGGAAUGGGCUUGUUUGUAGCAAAUGACAGCGUGUUUUCUGGGGACAUGAUCUUGAAACGUUUUGAUAUUCUGUGUCAUGAAGGGGCAGCCAAUAUUUUGGUAUAAAAUGCCUGCCUUGCUCUCAGAAGUCAACCAAGACCCUCAGUAAGCCACACAAUAUACUAAGAUGGUAUGUUUUCCUUUGUGGCCUAUGAGGGAGCUUCAAAAAAGUUCAUGGAAAGACAGAUUUUUAAAAUAAUGGAAUUUAUCCACACACUUUUUUUAAGCCUCCUUGUAUUUCUCGUUGAGAAUUAAAACCAUACGAGUAACAAAUAAUACACACUCCACAAAAUAGCUCACAUGUUUUUUAAUCUUACUGAUAAUGAUGACCAGAACAGACAUUGAUACCGGCCAUCCUUUGUUCUGUUGGGGGCAGUUUUGUAGUUGUUGAUGUUUGGGUUCCCAGAGAAGAAUGAAUUUCACAUAGAGCAAAUCAUCAUAGUUUUAUUUUGUUUUAAAGCCAGGACUUACCAAGUGGAAAGAAAAGAGAGGAAUUUGUCAGAAUGUUCAUGAAGUUCAUUUUGUGUACGUCAAAUUGCAAGAGAACUCUGGUAUAGUCCUUGAAUCACAGUAUUAAUGUCUACACCCCUUCCCUUAAUCUUAACCUUCCCAACUGUGCAGUGAGUGGGGCCCAUUUUGGAUCUUGUUGAGUGAUUUCUAUGAAUUGUAUCUACCUAAAAUUAAUUAUGGGUUACUGGUUUUUACAAAAAAAAAACUUGCUUUCUACAAAUUUGGAGACACAAUCUAGGCAGUUGCAAAGAGACAAAGGGAGUGCAGUAACAAGUAACAUUUUUAUAAUCAGAUGAUUUUUAAACAAACAAAAAAUAGUAGAAAAUUUUGCCGAGCAUGGGCUUGAUAGCUUCAUUCAUUAUAACCAUUAGCUGCAGCUGUGUCUUCUCACUAUGCAACACAUGUCGUUUGGGUUUUAAUGAGAGCCAGUGGUCGGGGACUGCUGCAGAGAUGCUGAGUUACCUCCGCUUGUGUCUUUGUUACCACCAGUGCUCACAGAGCCCUGUAAGCACUCGCCACCGCUUACCGCUGAAGCUGAGGUGCUCGUCACCUGCUCUCGGCUGUUUGCAGUGUGCUGGAUGCUGGUGCAGAAAACACUUGGGCCUUAGGCUACUGCAGUAAUCCUAAGUGCUUCUUUGCAUUUGCUUUUACAUUUUACACCUUCUAAUUCUAGCCUGAUUUUUAAAAAUGCCUCGUUUUUUUUCUAUCUCAUCAAUGAAGUUUCUCAGUAUCCAGUUAGUCACGUAACUCAAGAUGCUAUCCUUAUAGACACACUGUAUUUUUAAGUAGGCAAGUGCGAUUAAUGAACCAUUUAAAGGGGAGGUGAUUUGAAACCUCCAAUUUGAUUAUUGGGAGGAUUUUCAUGGUUUCUUUAAUAUUUAUUACCACCAUACCAGUUCUAACUAUUUUACUGUCUGAUACAUUAGCAUUUUGUAUUUUGAUGGAAAUUGUUACAGAAUUUAAAGAUUUGAUGAAAUAAGAUGUAGCAGAUUUUUUGUAGCAAAUUUCUGGUAAAAGGGUUUUUUGCAAGUCUCAGGUUCUUGCUGUACUUUUUUUUUUUUUUAAAUAUUUAUUCCAGCGACUCUAAUUCAGAAGGAUUCUGUUCAAGUAACAGCAGCACGUGUGAAAGGAAAACGACACACUAAAUGUUGUUAGUAGGUUACUAAAUCUGUCCAAGUGAAUUAAGAUUUUAGCCAUAUGUGAGUUUGACCAAGGAGAUUUAUUUAUUCUCAGCUUUAAAAACGCUUCCAGAAGAUCAAGUGUUUUUCUGUUUUUAAAUCUAAGCUUCAUGCAGACGGAGAGAUAGGAGGCAACCUCAGUAUGACAGGAGCUGCCACUUCGAACAGGGUAGGUCGACAGAGAACACAGUCUUGUGCCAAGGAGAGAGAAGUGAGCUGAACUGUACCACCUCCUCCGGCUCCCUUUCCCCCCAGAAGAAACACACGACACCAGUUGCACGUCCUCUGCAGACAUCUGGUGGUCUGUAGUUUCCAGCAGUUUAUGAAAUUCCCCGGGUAGACUCAAUCCUGCCUGCCUUUCUGUACGUUCUUAGUUUUUGCUAUGUAGAAUUGGCAAAAGUAUGUACAAAUUGACCUCCAUUCUUAUUUCCUAUUGUGAGCAUUAUAAACGUUUAAGCUCCUGUGUAAAACUUGGCUCUCAGAUCAGUAAGCUGUGCCACAGCACAGCACAGCCAUGGUGACUGCUCAGCCGUGGGGACCGUGGGACCUGUUCUGAAGAGGAUGGAACCGCACUAGGGUUGAAAUGGAUGGCUGUGGAGUUAAUUGUGUUCAUGAACUUGAAUCUCACCUGUGAUUAAAUUUUUUUCUUUUAACAUCCUUUCAUGACUUGAUUUUUCUCAUAAUGCCAGUGUAUUUGUAGGGUUACUGGAUUUUAAUUUUAAGGAGUGGGUGGUCAUUUCUGAUCUUUUUUUUUUGAUAUUAAGUCGGUUCGGCUAGGGUGCUAUCCAGUAGCUAACUUCAGUGUCAGGUCCCGUAGCUGAAUGCCAUUGUUGUUAUAAUUUGUGAUCACCAUGUAAGCUUGAAUUUGGGCUUGUAUCUUGUACAUUCAGUUAUUCAGGCUUUGGGAGUCCUGUUCGGUUUCAGUUAUGUGUGUCUACUUUGUAGAUUAAGUAGACUUCAUCAACUAUGGUCUAUUUGGAUUUGUAGCUUAAUUUAGAAUUGUGUCAAAUUGAUAUUUUGCAUUUUGACUUCAUUUUACAUUAGUUUGAAGUAAAUUAUUUAAUUUUUAAAAUCUGGAAUUUUGAACAUUUACUGUAAUUUGUAAUAUAACUGCUGUGAAAUACUUGAAUAAAGCUGACAAGAAAAGUG